CUGUGUUCCAGCUCAGCAGGCCUUAGUAUUCCUGAGUUUUGCCUCCUUUUAAAAAAGAUUCCAUGUGCAGAUCUUGAACCACACAGUUCCUGGUGCUCUGUGAUUUGGCCUUUCCUCUGACUGCAGGAGGGAGCCUGUGAUUUUUCCUUGAUGCGCUGGGGUCUGUUUUGGAAAGUAGGUCAUCUUUGGCGGAGGUGGACACAGAUGGGUGGUCUUUGUUUGAGGCAGAGCUUGCAUGUAUGCACUGGUGUGGUCUUCCUCUUCCAUUGCAGAUACUGUUUUUAUUGCUUCCUUGCUUGGAAAUGCCUUUCCACUUCAGUCAUUUCGGAUUUAUAAUUCCUCCUAUCCCUUAAGGGCAAGGAUGCAUAUUAAAAGGCAAAGAAGGUUGGGAACUUUUGAAACAGCACAUUAAAAGCACAUUUUUCCCAUCUCAAUAAUGUGGUUGUUCAGCUUGGAUUGGCUAGAUUUUUUUGAGGGAAAAUCCUAUCCCAUUUUGUCCAGUAUUCUUGCAUGUACCUCAGUGGUGCAACACCAGCUCACUCUGAAAAUACCUUUUAUCUUAUUUGGGUAUUGCCACUGAUUGCAGCCAUUUUCAACAUAAAAAUGAAACUCAUUGAAUCCAUAGUGUUCAUACAUGAAGUCCUCAGCUCCAAGUGAACAUGAUCACAUGUGCUCAAAUUCUGCCUUUAUUAUUUCUGUGCCUUGCUUACCAAAUUAUAAAAAUUGCUUUAAAACUGGGGACACUCACUUCCUUUGCUUCUUUCUUUCUUUGAGAUCAGCUCUGGAUGUUGAGAGCAUUAUAUGAAAAACAAUAAUAUACCAUAAAAUAGCUUCCAAAUAAUUGCAGAUGCUUUUUUUCCCCAGAGGUUUAACUUCACUGAAUAAAUAGAAAAGUUUGUUAACAAAGUCAGGGAAUCCAGGGGGGUUGGUUGUUGUUAUAUCAGUAUUUUUUUCCAUGGCAAUUUUAAGAUACAAAGUAUCUUUUGGUACAUUAAUUCUCACAGCAACAACCUUGUGAAGCAAAAAUUCACUGUUGUGAAUUCCAAGGCUAAGAGAUAGUAGCUUGCGUGUGACCACCCAGGCAGUUUUUCAUGGCAGAGAAGUUAUAAUGAAGCUUGAUGGUCUUUGCAACACAGCAUGUGUGCCAAAUGCAGAACUGGUACGGCCUUUAUGAUGGAGUUUUGCGGGAUUGCAGUGGUCAAUUUUUCAUGAAGAUGCUAAGCUGCUUUUGGCUUUGAAUCAUUAAUAUUUUACUAGAAUCCCAGUGUCCCUAACAUGUGCUUAAAUGUACACAGGAGUUUGAGCAUAAGCAAUCCAGAUUUUAUGUUCUUGAAUAUACACUCUUGAUGAAAACUCAUGGCAAUAGAUCACGCCAGCAUUCACAUACUGAUAGAACACAUGGGUUACACAUAGGAGGUAUCUACAGUAUAUGGUGUCUCUAAAGGGGCUGGGAAAGAUACACCAUCCUCCUUGAAACUCUGCAGAGAUACAUCUAGACAGUGUCUACAGUACUGGCCUAGAUGGACUAUUCUUUGUGACUACCUUCGCAUAACACUAAACCUUUAAUUGUCAAUAAAAAACUUUUGAGAAUAAUCAUGUAAGGUAGGGGUUACAAAGUACUUCCUAUGAGUUUAUGCAUAUGCCCCUCCCAGAUGGCAUCUCAAAAACCCCCGUUAAUUAAACUUAAUGUUCAGUUUGAGGCCAGUAACAUCAUAGACACCAUUGGUCCCCAGACCACAGGUUAGAAACGAUUGCAUUAACCCCAUCACAAUGUGAAUAUCUUUUCUAGCUGAAAGCUAAACUUUUGUUCUUCCUGUAUGUAUAACAUCCUCCUGGAUUCUGUUUUUCAGUCUUUGUGUGUGUGUGUGUGUGAUGAUAAUUUUUAUACACCAUGUGUCAGUCUGCAGCAGCAAUAAAACAGGAAAAGGACCAACUUUAAGCGAUUCAAAUGAAGUCGAAAAAAUAGCAAGUGGGAAAUAAAAGAAAUGCAGAUCUUAAGGACUAGCAGCUUAGACUGUACUGAAAUGAAACUGUCUUCGCUGCUUGCAGAAAAAUGGAAAAGACUGAGCCAACCGUAAAGUCUGUGGAAGUUUCAGAUCUCCAUUGUUUGUAGAAUUGAUGUUACAUACUGAAGUCCUGAAGCAUAAGAUUCCAGACCUUUCACAUGUCUCAAGACCAGAACUAGCAGAGUUACCAGGCUAUGGGAUAACUUUGUUGGAAUCCUAGCCAGGAUGGCCAUUGGCAUGCAGCACAAUUUUUUACUCUACUUGCCUGAUAUUUUUCAUGUUUCUGGGGCUUCUUCAGCACUCCAGCUCGAUCUUCCCUCCCCGUUACCCCUGCUGACUAAAGGAGGGACGAAAAGAUGUUUGGCUUCCACAAACCGAAGAUGUAUCGGAGUUUGGAGGGUUGCUGUAUUUGCAGGGCCAAGUCUUCAAGCUCCCGUUUCACCGACAGCAAGCGUUACGAAAAGGAUUUCCAGAAUUGUUUUGGUCUGCAUGAAGCUCGCUCAGGAGAUAUCUGCAAUGCAUGCGUGCUUCUGGUGAAAAGGUGGAAAAAGCUGCCAGCAGGAUCAAAAAAGAAUUGGAAUCAUGUUGUGGACGCAAGGGCUGGGCCAAGUCUUAAAACAACACUGAAGCCAAAGAAGAUGAAAACUCUACCUAGUAACAGGAUGAAGAGCAACCAGAUAAGCAAGCUACAGAAAGAGUUAAAGCGACACAACUCUGAUGCUCACAGCACUACCUCAAGUGCCUCUCCAGCCCACUCGCCUUGCUAUAGCAACCAGUCUGACGAUGGCUCAGACACUGAGAUGGCAUCGGGUUCAAGCCGUACACCUGUUUUCUCCUUCUUAGAUCUUACAUACUGGAAAAGGUGAAAAUGCCCCAAUGCAGAUCUCUAUACCCUAUCAUUUCUAGUAGCAUCUUGUAUUAUUUCUCAGAUUCAAGUGGUGAAUAUAAAGGUAUACAAACAUAACUAAAAAAAUAAAGAAAAAACUUUGAAAGCAAGACCAUACCUGAAAGGGAGUUGGAGACUUAGCUUUAGACAAAGGAGAAGGUAGACGGAAGAAGGAAACUCAGGAAGAGACAGAAGUUAGAAAUGCACAUAAUUGCAUAAAAUGUAAUCUUAAUUACAAGGCUCUGUUGCUUCCGUUCCCUCAGCAAUUAGGGAGCAUUUGCAGACAGCUGAUGACUCAACAUGGUGUUUAAGUAAGUGGGUAAAAGUAACUGGAUAUCAUGCAGAGCAUGAAUUGGGUCACAAGGCUUGUUGUUGUCUUAAGAGUGAAACUGUAGUCUUGGGGCUGCUGCUUUCCCCUUCCAGUAUUAAUCCUUUCUUGGACAGGAGUGAUGGAUGCUGUGACAAUAGCCAGCAGGUGUAUUGAUCUGCAAAUCUCCUUCAUGCUUUAAGAUUAGCUGGUGCUGCAUACUUAUGUCAGCUGAAAUGCUUGUGAAGUCUACCAAGGGUGAUUGCUCUGUAAAGGGAGUUGGGGAUUAGGAAGACAUCAGAAAUGUAUGGACUUUGUUGCUGCAAGAUGUGUUGAUAGAGAAUGGCUUAAAUCCAGGAUGGUACCCUGAGACCUAGGGCAGUGGGCACUUCUUAAUCUCUUGGACUACCUUCCACCUGUAGUGCCAAAUUCUGGUUUCCCAAUAGGGACACACAAAAAAUGUAGUGUAUGCCUAAAUAGGCGUAACAAGGUUCUAAAACAACAAACAAAAAUACUGUACUCCAACCCACCAAAUCCUUGGGCGGGGAGGUUGGAUAUCAAAUUCCCAGCAGUGCCGAUAUACAUAACACAACUCUUACUUUAUGUCAUGUGCAGAGCACAGAUCUGUGAAUAGCAGUGGACGGGCUCUGGCUAGUUGCUGGGAAGCCCCCAUAAGCAAGGGCUGUUAUACCUGAAAGCAUUAGAUGGGCCAUUUCAAGAAGUAGGACACUGAGUGGAAUGAUGUUUUGGAUCUGCUCCAUCAAGGUUGGUGUAUUGUCUUGCUGCAAUGUAAGGUGGGAACUUUUAAGGCCAUGUUCUCAUUGUCACUCAUCAGUAUAGGGUGUUGCUUUACAAAGGGCACAUAGGCCUGCAUGUAACUGAACCUGUCGCAUUCCCAAGACAUUCCUGAGCCACACUGCCAGUUUACACUGUGCAGAAACUAGAGAUACUACAACCGUCUGUGCUCUGGCCAGUGGUGUAAGAGCUAACAGUUUAUUGUAUGGCACUAGAGCCUUGUGCACUUUUGCCCUGCUUCCUGUUCAUUGCUAUUAACACCAAGACAGUGUCCUGCAGUCUCCCUCCUUUUGCUCUUAGAAGAAUUGUGUUAACUUUUUAUCCAAGGCAAUUAUUUUGGUAUAACAUCUGUUCUCUUAACUAUCUCUAUGGUGUUGGGUUUAUUUGCUAGUAAGGAAGUGGUUAUCAUUAUAUUCCACAGCAAGAAAACGUAGAAUGAAUUCUGAGUACCGUAUUUUUACAUUAA